AUGCAGAGUGCCUUCACGAUACGAGUUGGUGAGAAGCAGUUGGAUGGUGUGCGUGAUGUUUCAGUUCUACACCACAAUGAGGUUUACUUCACUACAUCGCAGCGAAAUAUAAAGUGGGCAUUUCUCACACGUUUCCCUCUUCUUUUAAAUGAGAGGGAGAAUGAACAGAAUACCGCUGGGGUUUCAAGAGAGGAAACAUUUGGAAGUCUUUGUGGUGAGAGAAGUUCAGAUCAAAGGAGAGAUGAGCACUCCAGUGCCAUUUAUAGUAAUAAUAAUACUAAUAUUAAUAAUAAUAAUAUUAAUAGUACUUAUGGAGUAUUACAAGAGUAUUUAUGUGUAUUUUACCGAGAUGAGCCAAAGAAUCACCUUAGUCAUUACACUGCCCAUCAUCCUUUAACGAUUUGCUCUGCAUAUAAUACGGCCCAUCCGGCUUCUGUGACUCACUUUGUUCUUAAGAACAUCAGUCCUACACAUGUAGUGCCUGGUUUACGUGGUGUGUUUGUUCACGGUAGUCGACAGUCCUCUCGUGGUACAUGUGCAAAGAUGUUGCGAGUGGGAGGAUUUGUAUUUAAUGAGGCUGCAGAUAUGUGGUGGAUGGCUUCUCAACUGACUAUAAAACCUGUUUACGUCCCGUUUGGGGAUUGUGAAAUGUUGACAAGUCUUUCUCUCAACCCUACCGUCACGAUGGUGUCAUCCUCUUAUCAUAUCCAUAAUAAUAACAAUAAUAACAAUAACAAUAAUAGUAACAACACUGUUGUUAAUAUAACGUCAAAGUAUGCGUUAAUAGAUGCGACGACACUCACACAAUUUCAAUCCUGUGAUGGACGAUUAAUGGCUGUAGCGGUACGUGGAAGUGAAGUUUGUCUCGCCACUACUAUUAUUGUAGAUCACUUGGAUGCAUUACUUUGGAUAUGGUGGCCACAACGUCUACAUAUACCACAAUUACGUGUAAAGGGAGCUUCUGUCUCUGUCACGGUAUCGGAGUCUUCACAGGCUUCUGUACAAGCAUUAUUUCUUUUUGAUGCACUUCAUAGUGUAUUACAUAUUGUACGUACACCUAAUUUACGAACUGGAAAAGGGAAUUUGGAAUUACUUUUUACAUUAUCCACCAAUUGUCCACCUUUAGUACUUCCAUGUUUACGUCCAUCUAUGAUGCAGCCUAUUAUGGUUUGUCACUAUCCAGAAGUAAAUCAUGUUAGUCUCUAUCAUGUACCUGAACUAUUAAGACAUCCUUCUUCUUCUAAUUGUAUAGCGACAAUGUCUAUUGCAAAUUUACUUCCAGAGAAUGUGAGGUUGGAGGGUAUUUUAUAUCAUGCAGGUUCAACUGUUGCCUUUCAAACCGUAUCCCAUAGUAGUCAUGAUACAAAAAAUAGUGGAAAGAGUUCAUCUGAAGGGAAAAGUUAUGGAUCCUAUAUGAUAGGGUUUCCUUCACUCUUUGAAGAACAACAUCCACUUGUUCACUUUAUUUUAGAAGCACUUGAACCCGUUUUAGAAACGGAAUGUGUGGCUUCUAUGCAGUGUGAAUUACUUCGACGUGCAUGGGAAAAGAAACGUCUUGGACAUUUUGAAGAUUUCGCAACGGGAUGUUUAGAAUUGAUUAAAGAUUAUGUACAUGCCAGUAUGACAGGGUCUAGUAUUAAUAAUAAUAAUAAUAAUAAUAAUAAUAAUAAUAAUACUGGUGGUACUGCAGCAGAAAGGGUAUCAGACUCUUUAGAUGUUUUACAUGAUGAGAAGGAAGUUCGUUUAUGUGAUAUUCUUAUUGAUCCUCUUUUUCUAACGGCAGAUGUACUACAUGGACGUUCUUCUUCACACCCUCUACGUAGUCAAGAAAGAGAAGAUUCUACUCAGGUGAGAUUAUCUAAUAUUAACAUUGGGGGAAGAUGGUCACUAUAUCAAUGUGGGAUGACUCUUUUUGUUUUACAUCUUCUUUGUGAAAGUUUUAAACUUCAAGAACGUCUUUGGGUUUUUCUUGAACCAUUGGCACAUCUUAACUUUCGAUUAUCUCAAUUAAUGGGAUGGAGUCUUUAUAUUCGCUACUACUCUACCUGUUUGUGUGUUCCUGAGGCAAAUGAUUUAUCUUCUUCAUCUUCUUCUACUAUUCCUUCAACUAUUUCCCAACCGCCAUUCUUUCAACGUACAUUAACAGAAAAUGUAUUACUUGAACGUUUUAUUUUCCAUGCGGGAUCCUCCACAGAAGCGGUAUUGAGUGGAGUUCCUCCUGUCUUGUAUACUAUUCUUCAACGUGUACUUGAGGGAAAAGCCCGUGUCUCUGGUGGUUGGCCGGCUAUGAAAGGCAUUAAUCCAACAUCUCCUCUUGCGAUGGCGAAUAGUCUUUUCUUUAUGUUAGUGGAUUGUUUUGAUACCCCUCAACCACUGCAGAAUCUCAGCUCACGUUGGUGGUAUAUUUUAUGUAGAGGUUUAUUAAAAUAUAAUGUGGAUCCAAAGUUUGUAGCCUCUGAGUUGUGUGUGGGUGUUGCCCAGCCAAUAGAAAGAGCAUUAGCGAUUGCGAAAGAUCAUCCAGAAGAUACAUGGGAUGAUGAUUUUAAUGCUAUUAUUGGUCGAUUAGAUCGUCUUCAACGUCCUUCUACAUUGGCACGAUAUGCAAAUCCCGCAGGUGAUGUUCUGCGAGCUGCACAAGAACGGGCAAUUGGACGACAAUAUCGAGCUACUUUAAAUGAUGAUGAUGGAGUUAUUAUGCGACCAGAUUUCCCAAAACAUUGGGGAGAUUCUCGUGUGGAUAUUGUACAAACUAUGUUAAAUACCGCUGCCCCUAUUCCUUUACCAAGUCAAGUAGAUGCUGCAGAUGCUAUUUAUAAUUUAUUAAAUACACUUACAAAACGUGCAACCGCAUUACCAGUUGGACGUGGUAUGUUUACACUUUGUACACAAAAUUUUAGAGUACGAGAUAGUGUACCUAUUCCACGUCUUAACCUUGAGGGACGAACAAGUGAUGGAGUUACGAUAACAAAUAAUUCAGAAGAAGCUAUUGCAGAUAAUAUUAUAUGGCCAUCUUUUCAUAAUGGAUGUGCAGCAGGAUUACGUUUCCUUCCAUUACCAAAUUUUCGUGGUAAUGAAAAUUUAAAAGAGGAAGAAACUAUUAAACGUCAUUGGGUAUUAUAUCAAACACGUAAUAUACCUUGUCCUGCCUCAAGAUCUGGAUUACUUCUUGCAGCUGGAUUAUUAGGACAUUUAAAAGCUCUUCAACGAACAGAUAUUUAUUCUCUUUUGGUAUCACCACAAUCACAAUUUUCUGGUCGAGAAGUUGUUACAAUUGCUGUAAUGUUAGGACUUAGUUGUAGUCUUCGAGGGACAUGCAAUAGUAUUGUUUUUAAUUGUUUAUCUAUGCAUGUACAGUCUCUUACCCCUGCUACAGAAGAUAUUGAAGUUUCUUUAGAUGUACAAACAGCUGCAUUAGUUUCUAUAGGAAUUCUUUACCAACGAUCACCUGAUGCAUUCUUAGUUGAAAUGCUUCUUAUUCAAAUUUCACGUCUCCCAUCGGAUGAACAUUUUCGAGAUCGAGAAGGAUAUGCUCUUGGAGCAGGUUUUAGUUUGGGUUUAUUAUUAUUAGGAACUGGAAAUUCUCAUGGAGUUCCUAAUGUUGAAAAUCGUUUAUUAAAAUUUAUGGAAGGAGCCCGUCGUGAGGCAGUUCCAUCAGCAUGUGAAGGACUUGAAACAUUUAAUGAAAUUAAUCCUGAUAGUGGACAUUUUCUUACUCGAGCUCUUCUUGCAAGAAAUGCAAAAGAAUCUUUUCGAAGUCAUUGUACUCGUGUUUUUGAAGGUGAUUGCUUUAAUGUUGGAGUUUCUAGUCCUGGAGCUAUCAUGGCUCUUGGUUUAAUUUAUUUACAAACAAAUGAUACUUCUAUGGCUAUGAAAUUAGCUCCACCUAAUCGUUUGGUAGGUUUACAAGGUAUAUAUCCUCAAUUAUGUCUUUUACGUUCUAUGAUGUCUUCUCUUAUUAUGUGGUCUAGUAUUGAACCCACAAGAGAAUGGUUACGACGAAGUAUUCCUUCAUCUCUUUUACGUCUUGCAAAAUAUCCUCAACAAAGUGGACUUGCACCUGCUCAAAUUCGUUAUCUUAUGAUGAAUCUUGGUCAUUGUUUAGCAGGUUCAAUAUUAGCAUUAGGUAUACGUUUUGCUGGAUCUAUGGAUGCGGAUGGAAAAUCUAUUGUACUUAGUGAAUUAAAUGGGUUUAUGCAAGGAUUUAUAGGAAGUACAGGAGCUGUUAUAACAGCUAUUCAACGUACUACAGGUGCUUUUCAAGCAUGUAUAUCUGCUUGUAGUGUAGCCUUAUCUCUUAUUAUGGCUGGUACAGGAGAUGGUCAAUGUUUAGCAUUUUUACAAAAACUUUAUAAACGUACAAAUGUAAAAUAUGGAGAUCAUCUUUCUAUUUCUAUGGCUACUGGAUUACUUUUUCUUGGAGGAGGUCAAUUAACACUUUCAACUUCUUUAGAUUCGGUAGCUUCACUUAUUAUGGCUUUUUAUCCUAUUUGGCCAGAAACAGCUUCUGAUAAUAAGAUGCAUCUUCAAGCAUUACGUCAUCUUUAUUGUUUAGCUGUAGUUCCACGUAUUAUUGAAACUGUAGAUGUUCUCACAAAUAGAUCUGUUUCUGUUCCUAUUCGUGUGAUUGUUCAUCGCGGUAGACUUAGUCAUAGUGAACCUUCCAAUGUUGUUAGAGAGUUAUGGACACCACUUCCAAAAGGAAAAGAAGAUCAAGCUGUUCGUAUGGUGACCCCUUGUCUUUUACCAGAUACGAGUACGGUAUCUCAAAUUGAAAUUCGAAGUGCUCAACAUUAUAAUCUUACUAUUUAUAAUGGUGAUCAAAAUAUUAUUGGUGAUGGAGGUAUAGUAGUUAGGGUUUUGGAAAAGAAUCUUCAUAAUAGUCAUAAUGGAAAUGCUUCUCGUUACCCUGGAGAAGAAGUUGUUGUAAAUUGGAUUCAACGUCUUUUCCGUGAACACCCACAACAACGACCACGACCCAUUGAAGCUACUGUUAUUCUUGAUAAUGUGAAUUUACUCUUCGCAUCACAAGAAAGUUUCUUAACAGAAUUUGGUUCUUCAGAAAAAGAAUUUUCAUUAGAUUUCGUUAUGAAUCUGCGACGUACAUUAGAAAGACGUUAUGGUGGACUCUUACAACGUUGUGGAAAACUUUCUUUACAUCAUCCUCUUUCAGAUAUUCUGUUAAUGCAAAAAUCUCUCUACAGCACGGCUGUUUUACUUGUGCAGACUCUCACGAAUGGAGGUGAUGCGGCUAUGGAACUUGCCCCAAUUACAGAGUCUCUACAGUCUUGUGCUGCUGCUGUCGUGGUAACAGACGCGAGUGGAUCUGCGGAUUCUCUUGGCUUCUCUGUUUCCGCUGUGAUGAAAUGGCUUUCGCAGGCAUUACAUUUUCACGGUAUUGGCGGGAAUAUCGCUUUACUACCGCAGGCUUUAGUGAGAUAUGAACCACUUCUGCAGCGGCAUAGUCAACGUUUAUUUGCAUUAUAUCGUAUGAAUCAGCAACUGUUACUUCGUCCACAAGUACUUGAAGAACUGGUGAAUUGCUGUGUGGAAUAUGUUGAUUGA